AUGGCCAGCGCACCCGGAGUUGACGUGGAAAUGGGCAACACUACAUCCUCUGCAAUACUUCCAGCAACCACAUACCCGCCCCCUUACAACUCGAAUUCGCGCACCUACGAGCCAUCAACGGAUCGCAGCCAGACUACCGUCUAUGGGUGCACAGUCUGCACUCUGUUCCGAACCACACAAGACCCGAACCACAUCUCCUCCGAUGCUGCAAAGCACUAUGCGGCCGGGAACGAGAAUGUCUUCCUAUACUACGCGUGUCCAGGCUGUUGGGCCACUUGCUGCACUACAGAGGGACUUGUGAAACAUUUCACGGAAGGGUGCUGGGCUUUCAACGAAUGGAGAGGCGGCAGAUACUGGACAAAUGAUCGUGGCCGGGGAAGAUCUCUGUUCCAGAUUGCCAAGGACAGCUGUCAGUGGACGAAAUCUUACAAGGCUAUCGCGAAAGCGCGAAUCCUGGAGCGUGGUGCCUCGAACGUGCAAGUCGAGGCGACGUCGUCAAAGCCCCCGAUGCAGCAGCAGUUCAACAAUGACGCCAAGAAGCUGGAACAUAGGCCUAAGAUCAAGUUGAAACUACGACCUAGACGCAAAGCUGAGUCCGAAGCGUCCAGUCAUGAGGGUAAUUCUUCUGCGAGCGACGGCAUUUCCCGAUCGCGGUUGCCGAGGGCGAAUGACUCUCGAGAGGCUUUUAGGUAA